AUGAAAUUUGGAGAAACCUUCGCUCUCAGAGUCUCUUCACGGUUCACAAGCUCCAAAACCCUAUUGCCUCCAUCCCAUUUGAUUUCAUCGGAUUUUGACCAAACACUACGCCUUUCAGUAAUUUCUCGAAGACCGAUUUCCAUUUCCGAUUUUUUCAGCACCAAAGUUGAUACAGGUUCAGAAAAUAUCGAUGUUAGCAGCCACCAGAAACAGAAUAAGAAGCCAUUGGACAUUUUCUUCAAAGAGGCCGUUGGAAUUCUCGAAACUCGUCGAGCCACGGAACAUAUAGAGGAGAAUGAUCAUCUGAGGAGUGAGCUGAUAAAGUUGGAAGAAGAAGUGAGAGUUUUGCAAGAGAAAAGAAAAAAGGAAAUAGAGGAGACAAAGAAGGCUAUAAGGGCUGAUGAAGAUACGGUGAAUGAUUCUAAGCCCAAGAGUUUGCAUGAAUUGUUUGCAAAUGAGGUAACCAAAAAUGGCAAGCCGUUAAAAACUUCACAGGCUUCAAUAGAAGAGGAUCUGAUGGUUGGCAAGGGGCUAUCCCCUGAUAUGGUUAUGCUUGUGACUCACUUGUACGAGGAAGGGUACUUUAAAGAUGCAAACUUUUUGCGGAAGAAUAGGUUUGAUAUUACUUGCUUUGAGGAUAGCUAUGCCCGCCACUACAUCAAGCAUGCUGCCGAAGAGUUUGCAAAUGAUAAUCAGGGGGUUGCUAAAUGGCUUUCUGCUAGUGACUUGAAGAAGGUGGCACUUUUUGGUUGUCCUUCUCUUGUGCAGAAACAUGUAUAUUCUGCCAAAAUCUUGUGAAAUUUCUUCCGGAUUCAGGAAGACACUGUAUGCGGAAAAUGUGCUUUAAGAGACUCAUGUAAGUUUGUGAAUCAGCAUAUGUGGAAUAGUAAUGCCAAAACGCUUCAACUACAUCACGUAAUGAGGACUAUCACUCUGUACGGCUUGGAAUCAGUACCUACAGAGUUGGCCGUGCCAGAGGAUAUUAAGAAAUCCGUGAGUCGGUUGCUCAAGGAGGUUGUAAAGCUUAGUAAAGUUUGUUGAGAUUACUUCACAACCACAUGACUUAGUUCUGCGUAGCUAGCCAAAUAUUAUGUCCCCUAAUCACAUCCACCCACCCUGUUUUCCAUUUGAUUGUCUUAAUCACAUUAACAGGGGUGCAGAAAUUAUUUUCAAUU